AUGCAUGUUGAGUAUGUGCAAGUUGAUUUUCAUACGGGAUUGAAGAGGAUUGCAGAAGAAAACGAUAAUGCCCUAAAGCAUCGUACGUAUGACCCUAUCUUGGCAAUCCUAGAAGUCGGUUUUUGCAAUCAUCUCAAGCUUAUAAUUGUCGUCGACCAACGGGGUCAACGCUGCAACUUCUAUCACAGUUCGAGCAUGUUGCCGCUACGAUGGAAGCUCCUGUGCGACCACGGCAAUGUCGGACUUGCCAGCGGACAGGUCACAGUGCCCGAAGGUGUCGUCGUGAAGCACAAGACGCAGGACCCAAACACCAGCAGCAACGACAGUAGAUUCAGAGGCACUAAAUUGUGGGGUUUAAAGAUGCGAGCAGCGACCUGUUUUACAUAA